AUGAGAGCCGCAGCCGCAGCCACAGCCACAGCCGCCGCGCUCCUCGCCCCGGGUCUAAAGCUCUGCGCCGGACGCGCGCGCGUCUCCUCCUCCUCCUCCUCCUCCCGCCUCCCACUCCGCCGCGUCGCCGCCAUGGCCUCCGCCCCCAACUCCUCCUUCCGCCCAGAGGAGGCGCGCUCCCCUCCCGCCCUCGAGCUCCCGACCCCGCCGCUCUCCAAGUUCAAGGUGGCGCUGUGCCAGCUCUCGGUGACGGCGGACAAGAGUCGCAACAUCGCGCACGCGCGCGCGGCCAUCGAGAAGGCGGCCUCCGACGGCGCCAAGCUCGUGCUCCUCCCCGAGAUAUGGAAUGGUCCGUAUUCAAAUGACAGCUUUCCAGAGUACGCCGAGGACAUUGAAGCUGGCGGAGAUGCAGCCCCUUCAUUUUCAAUGAUGUCGGAGGUUGCUCGCAGCUUACAAAUCACUCUUGUUGGUGGGUCCAUAGCUGAACGUUCUGGCAACAACUUAUACAAUACAUGCUGUGUCUUUGGUUCAGAUGGCCAGCUUAAGGGUAAACAUAGAAAGAUCCAUCUUUUCGACAUUGACAUUCCAGGAAAGAUCACUUUCAAGGAAUCAAAGACUCUUACUGCUGGGCAGAGCCCUACUGUUGUAGACACAGAUGUCGGGCGCAUUGGUAUUGGUAUAUGCUAUGACAUCCGUUUCCAGGAAUUAGCAAUGUUGUAUGCUGCAAGAGGUGCUCAUUUGUUGUGCUAUCCUGGUGCAUUCAACAUGACUACUGGACCACUACACUGGGAGUUGCUGCAAAGGGCGAGGGCUGCAGACAACCAGCUGUUUGUUGCAACAUGCGGUCCAGCUCGAGAUACCAGUGCAGGUUAUGUUGCUUGGGGACACUCCACUCUUGUUGGACCUGCAAUUUCUUCCUCUGCAACAUCAACGCCGUGGCGAUCUCUAUCAGCUGGUAGAUGUCCAGAGGCUGGGUUCUCAGUAGCGAGCCUGGAUGCAGCUGUGAGCCUGUGA